AUGUCAAGUCCAGACUCGGUAUUUCAAAAACCUGGUCCCCAGCCAACUACGCGACGAUCAAGUGUCAUUCCAGAUGAUGAUGUUCCCAAUCUCGCUGUGCGAUGGUUUCAUGCGAUAGACAGUCCUAUAGUAGACCCUAUCUCACUACGAAGAGCAAAAACCCUCCCUCGCAGUGCAACAACUCCUAUCCCAAAACUCAGAACACCUUCUAAGAAUUGGAUGCCCUUUUCGAAGCGCGACUCGAUAGCCCUCGAGAACGCUUACCAGCUAAAGAGCCCAAAUUCUAACUCUAGCGUCACAGUCAAUGAAGAUCAUCUAUUUGAAGUAGAUGUGGCACGACGUAUCAUCAGUCCAGUUUACUGGGAGGGGCCUACAUUUGAAGUCCGAAGAGCCACUUGGUUUAUUCAAGGCGAUGGAUUUAAAUGGAUUCCAUGUGAAGAAGUCCUGGCUGAACAGAUUGAACUUGGAUACUAUAAGCACAAGCCUUAUUUGGUCCCAGUUGAGGAAGUAGAUCCAUUAACAGAUCCUUCAGAGUCCAAUGGCGAUGAAAAUGCAAAUCAAGCUGCCCUGGAACAAAAAAGACUUGAAAAGACUCUCUCUGAGAAUUCGGUUGAAAAGCAAUGGAACCUUUUGGGUAGCUAUAUUGGACAAUAUAUUGUAUAUACUGGUCCAAGUACUGCCUGGCUAUUAUAUGACACAACUGGCGGAAAGAUUGCAAAGACAAUUAUCACUCGGUUAACAAACAACCAAAACUUGGGUGGCACACGGUUAUUACGCGGGUAUCCAGAGGUUGAGAAACAAAGCCAGUCUACACCCCUCACCCAUUCAGCACCUAUACCUCACAAGGAUGUCAAUGCUGUAGAUAUUAGUGAACUUGCCGAAACACAGUCAAGAGCUAUUAAAGAUAGAGUUGAAAAAGAUAGAAGUUUCCGAGAGAGAGACACCAAUCCCGGGGAUGGAAAGUGUAAAGAAAAGAAUAAAGCCAAUGAAGACAUGCAUCGAGAAGCCAACGAUUAUUUGAACGAAGAUAGUGAAGAAGAGUUAAGACCCAUAGAUCACCUUAUAUUUGUAGUGCACGGCAUCGGACAAAGAAUGGCAGAGAGAACAGGACAGAAUUUUGUACACGAUGUCAACAUGUUGAGACAGACACUCAAGACUGCCUUCCCUACCGCGGUCAGUACAUUACCAGGAGAUACUCCUGUAAACGGUAUCCAGGUAUUACCGAUCUUGUGGCGCCACGAGAUCCAGUUUGGAAUGGCCAGCGAAGAAGAAGAAGGCAAGGAGUCUGAUCUCGGUAUGCCCGAUGGUGAUGAUGGGUCCCCAACCCUCGAUGAAAUUACACUUGAUGGUGUGCCCAAUAUUAGAAUGAUUGUUUCGGAUGUUCUUCUCGACAUCCCUCUUUAUAUGACCCAUAACUACCGGGACCAGAUGGCCCAGGCCAUUACAAACGAAAUCAACCGUAUCUACGCCACAUUUUUAAAGCAUAAUCCUGGGUUUGAAGAAAAAGGCAAGGUCACUAUCCUAGGACAUUCUCUGGGUUCUCUUUUGGCAUUUGAUAUUCUUACUUCACAGCCAAUCCCAGGCUCAACGUCUUUGUUUUCAAAGAUUACGGACAAUCUUAUGGGUUCAGGGGAGAAGAAAAUACCUUUGAGUUUUCCGGUACAAAACUUUUUUGCACUUGGAUCACCACUUGGAAUAAUGUUACUUCUUAGAGGCCUCAAGAUUGCCUCCCGUAAAUCGCUUGAACCUGGACAACUUCCAUCUGAUCAAUCACCUGUAACAUUUUGUUAUCCUGCUGUCGAAAAUCUUUAUAAUAUUUUCCAUAAGUCAGAUCCAGUGGCAUAUCGACUUGAGCCCCUUAUUGCACGCCAUUACAGUGUAAAGCUGAAACCAGAACAGAUUCCCUAUAUUAAGGGAGGUCUCAAAAGUGUGAUUGAUGCCGGAUUUCAUGUAGGAACGGAUAUUGCCACACGUGCAGGAGCAAUGUACGAGUCUAUAAAAUCCGGGUUCACCAGCAAUGUUUUUAUGCGUGGUCUUGGCCUUGCGCGUCCUUAUGCAAGCGAAUCAGAUAUUAAUUCCCACAGCUCGCCCCAUUUGACGGCAUCAUCGAGUGAGCCUACAGAUAUGUCCCGAUCGUUACAACACCAACAGCAUGUUCGACCAAAUAAACCCACGGAUCGCUCGGUACAAAAUCCGCGAUCAAUUGACUCAAGUGGUGCAAAGAAAAUGUUACAGCUUAAUCCAUCUGGACGAGUCGAUUUCUGUCUUCAAGAGGGGAUACUCGAGAAUCCUUAUUUAAGUGCCCUCAGUGUCCAUCUCUGCUAUUGGCAGGAUCUUGAUGUUGCUGCAUUCUUGAUUCGAGAGGUCUAUAGAAAGCAUUCACAGCAUGUCAAAUAA